AUGGACGACCCCGAAGUGGACUACGAGUCGCUUUUCAACGACGCACUCGACGAACUUGAGUUUGCACUCAUGGCAGACGGUCUACCCCUAAACAGCAAUGUGAAUGACGCAGAGUUUGCCGACACACAGCGGGGAAUGCAGAUUCCUGAAGAAACCGACUGUUUGAACUUCCCUGAUAUACACCCGCAGUUGUUCAACGUUACCAUCCCGCUCCCGAUCCCGGAGCCGGAUUACAUCGACAAUUCACUACACCCGACCUGGCAUCAGAUAGACAUGAUGCCCACACUAACCGAAGACUCACCAAGUGCUACGCUGAAUUCUUCGAGCGUCUCCGAACAGUCGCUUGGCUUCUCCCCAGCGUACAGCACUUCGCCACUUUCCACAAACUACAGCCCGCGGGAGCAAUUGCUCCCGCCGAGCCUUGGUCCGACACCAACACCUACCCACGAUUCUUCCCCCAAGAAGAAGCGCCAACAAAGACGUCAGGCCAAGGCAGAACGAGGCAACCGCCCUUGUGAUAAAAGGAGGGCAGACCGCAAGAACAAUAAGAAAGUUCAGAAUGAGAGCCUAAACAUCACUCACACUGCUGUCAUCGCUCAGAGGCUCCAGACAGGCAGCUCAGAGUUCACCGUUAAGCCUCAACCGCUCGACUACGCAACACCUGCUCGCCCCUCGACUAUGUCUUCAACCGAAGAGACCACCGAUCCGCCUGAAGGUUACUUUGUAGCCGAAUGCCCGAACCUUGCAGAAGUCAACACCCUUUGCUGCCCCUACAAGAGAUGGCACGAAGGCCAAUAUGCCUGCGGUCAGUGCAGGGCCGUCUUUGCGUCCGCUCCUCCUCUCGAAAGACACGGUCGUGACAGUGGGCAUUUAAUCGAGUGGUUCUGCGAUGAUGAGGAGUGCGAGAUGGCUGGGGAACCUUUCGAGACCUACAGGAUUUACCUUGAGCACUUUCGUCUGUCGCCAGCUCACCAGAGCGAUGCUGAAUCUGAAGAAAUUCUCGAUGCCCUGGGAAACACGGAUGUUGUCAUGCCGAGCCAAGACCAACAGGACAACAACUCGCCUUCUCAGCUCGUCACCUCCGACAUCUUUGCCUGCUGCGAGCCCUGCUGUCAGCGGUAUGGCUUCAACUUCCGAUGCAGAUCCGAAUACACUCGACACACCGAUGUGCCCUACCACAUUUCAGCCGCUAAGCUCAACCAGGCCCUCGUCGAGAACAUGCAGCCUGGCCCAGCCCUGACCGCUGAGCAAGAAGCCAUACGAAACCUAAGAUGCAACGCCCCUGGCUGCCUCUCGUUUGGAUGCACAUUCUCAGGCUUUCAAACCUUCUUUGGCCACAUAACUGGGACGGAGCACCGCCAGGCUUGGACAGUGGUCUCCGGAGCCUGUUUCCUUGACGAGCAUGAAAGCCCAACGCUGCCUGGGAUAGUUUUUGAUGCAGGAGGAGCGAGUGGGAGAUGCGCGAACGAGAAUUGCCCAAAGUACGGGAUGUUUUUCAACGCUUUCUGGAAGCUGAAGCAGCAUGCUCGCUCCUUCGCACACGCCACCAGCGAAGAGGACAUGGCCUCCAACGAUGAAUCCUCUCAAGAAAUAUGGGUGAGCUCCGGGUUGGAGGGCAUGGAAAUCACCGAGGACAAGACAUUUUGGAGAUGCGCCAAGAGAGGCUGUAAAAAAUUCGGCAAUGUCUACAUUCAACAUGGCAACGCCAAAACGCACUCCACCUUGAUUUCGCACACUACCGCCGACGAGUUCCUGGAAGAAGUGUGGGUGAGCUCCGGGUUUGAGGGCAUGGAAGUCAAAGGCAUGGCUCUAUGGAAGUGCGUCAAAAGAGGCUGUAGAAGAUUCGGCCACACCAUGACUCCAAUCAACAACGCCAGGACACACGCCAACUCGGUCUCGCAUACUACGGCCGACCCAGAUGUACCGAUGUCACCCGGAACCCCUGCGACUCCAUUCGCAACACCCAAGAGCGCACCUGCAACAACCCUCUUGACUCCGAUGAACCUCGAUACCCCAGUUCCUGACACUCCCUCGAGCCCUUCCGCUGGUCGAGGACCAAGCGCGGCCAUGGCUUUGGUAACUCCAACAAAGACUCCUACCUCGCUUCGAAUUCCACCCUCCCGAACCAUGAUCAAGCUCCGUAGAGGCCCCAACACAUCAUCCCAGGUCAAGAGACGUCAGGACGAGCUUGAGCGUCGCAACCGGGAACUCGAAGAUCGGGUCAAGCGGCUGGAGGAGCAACUCACCCGAGUCCUCGGCGCUAGUAGCACACAGGAGGCGGCAGAUAGAGAUGUUCACGAGCAAGGGAACGAUGAUGAGGGAGGUAACAAGGAAGUUGAUCAUCUGUAUCAAUUUGUGCGUUCUGCUUUUCGACCUACCUAA